AUGUUCCCGAGGGUUUCCGACACUCGCCGCCAGUCGAGCCAGUUUUUCCGCCCUGUGCGCGUCUCGGAGCCGGGGAUCUGCUUCCGUACACGGCCGUCUUCAGCGGCAUCCAGGCUUUAUUUGCCGUCAUUUAACGCGUUCGUUUGGUGUAGCGCGCGGCGCAUUGAACGCGUCAGAUCAGCAGGAGCGGAGCGACGAGCGUCUGUUUCUGCGGAGAGGUUUUCACUGCGCUGGACUGAACGGGCCGAACGAGUCCAGAACGCAUCAGAACCACAUCAGAACCACAUCAGACCAGAUCAGCCCAGCAGCAUCAGUGUGGAUGUGCUGGAGCUCCGCGGCGCGUCUGGGAACAUCAGCAGAAGCAGACUUCCUGUCUGCUCUGUCCUGACUUCCUGUUGUUGGCAGUGGGAUCUGGUGUGUUCUCGGUACUGGCUGGUUCCAGUCGAGGAGGUGUGCUUCAUUCUGGGGACGCUGACGGGCUGUCUGGGUUUGGGCUACAUGGCUGACCGGCUGGGCAGGCUCAAGUCUCUGCUGGCGUCUCUGAUGCUGGCGGUGGUUUUCGGGGUGUUGGUGUGCGUGUCGCCCUCACCGCCCGUCUUCAUCAGCAUGCGCUUCUGUCUGGCCGCGGCGAGCGCCGGCGUCUUCCUCACGCUGUACGUCACACGUGUGGAACUGUGUGACCCAUCGCUGCGGCUGCUGGCGACGAUGAUGUCCGGUCUGACCGUGUUUGCGGGCGAGCUCCUGCUGCUGGCUGUGGCCCUCGGCUGCGGCUCCUGGAGGGGCCUGUUAGGAACCGGAGCAGCUCCUCUGUCAUUGUUCCUGUGCUACGGGAUCCCGGGAGUGUUUCCUGAAUCGCCGCGCUGGCUUCUGCUCUCCGAGAGGACGGGAGACAUGCAUUCCUUCAGCGAGCGGCAGAGAGAUGACGACAGCUUCACGGAGCUGGACACAGAAUCGCCCUCGUCUCCUGGACGUCCUCACCUGUCCUUCCCAGAGCUGCUACACAGCAGAAACAUCUGGAAAAACCUGUGUGUGCUGGGAUUCACUUCGUUCAUCUCUCAUGGCAUCAGUCACUGCUACAGCUCCUUCAGAGGUGAUGUCAGAGGAUUCACCCCCAGUUUCUAUUGGACGUACCUGCUGUCUGUAUGUGCAGGGGGCGGAGCCUGGCUGUUGCUCUGGGCAACGGUGGACCGGUUUGGUCGUCGUGGAAUUCUUCUUCUAGCCAUGACCUUGACCGGACUGGCCUCCCUAAUCCUGCUCGGACUCAUGGACUAUCUGAGUGAGUCAGCCAUGACUGUGUUCUCUAUAAUGGGCCUGUUCUCGUCCCAAGCGGCCGCCUCUCUCUCUAUUCUGUUCACCGCUGAAGUCAUGCCCACCAUCAUCAGAGGAAGUGGUGUGGGAGCGGUCAUGGCUUUGGGUUGCGUGGGCCGCCUCAGUUCUCCUCUCAUGGAUCUGCGUAAUCACUACGGCUACUUUCUGCACCAUGUGGUCUACUCGUCUCUGGCCCUGCUGGCGGUCCUCUCCAUCCUGCUUCUCCCGGAGAGCAAACGCAAACCUCUUCCACAGACGCUGGCGGAUGGAGAACAGUACCGCCGUCCUCCGCUGGGCCGAAGACGUAGGGAUAACGUUCCUCUUCUGGCUACGCCUAACCCAGAGACCUAGCCUUCACUCUGACCUCGGAGUCCCAUCCUAAUAAUCCUGUAUUUGUAGUCAUUCCUAACACGUGUCGGUGGAGUCGUGGCACAUGGACUCCGUCAUGAAGUGUGAGGGGUGAAGGGUACCGAACCGCGUCCACGGAGUACGCAAACGCUUGUUAGCGCUCAGUGGCAUAAACCAUGAGACAAGGUGUUGUCUAAACUCCUGACUAAAUAUUGAAGUCUGACCCAUGUAGCAUUCGGUGACUUAUUAGUAAUAUAUUAGACCAAUAUGAGACAAGGGCUCAAAAUAGCAAUGAUUGAAAUAUAUUUAUCCCUGUGAAAACAGGCUUAAGUUCUCACUCCAGAUGGAAGAAGGAUGGAAUUGGUUCUCUAACACGUUGCUGCUAAGAAUGGGACGCCCAGAGGAUCGCUGGAGGAUUGAUCAGUGCUUCGGGCGAGAAACGUCAAGGAUCAUUUAUGUGCACUCUGAUUAGACCGAGGCAUGAUGCCAGAAACACUUAUUACUGUAUGUUACACGUCACUCUUUGUUAAAGGAAUAUUAUAGGAAUGCAACUUGAGUUGUACUGUAUUUGCAGAAGCUGGGACGUGUUGUCAAUUACUCCAUUUUAUGUCUCCAUUGCACAGCCAGGUGUUAUUUUUUGUCGCAGAUGAAUUACAGAACCGAAUUACAAAAAAAUAUAUCCUCCAUAUUUCUGCGUUUAACCCCUCUAGUGCAACAUCCAUUCUUUAAUGUGCACACUUAUCCUGUUUUGUGCAAACUAAGGGAGGCGGCAGAACAAUUUAGUGGAAUAAUUUGACUGCUUAAGUUGUAAUAAACCUGUAAUAUUCCUCUAAUGAGGCAAACUGAAAUCACACUGCUCGUAGCGUCCCUUAGUUCUGUUCCUUACCUUAAACAUCGAGGAUGACGCGUAUGAUAGCAGAGGGAAGGAACGCACAGGUUCAUUUGAAUGUUGACAGUCAUGAUUUAUUUGUGUCUGAUGUCUUUCUAUAUUGUCUUUGCCUAUUGCAUUUUCAGUCUGAUUAUGAAAUAAGGAACUUUGGAAACAUGAGUUAUGUCGCUUUCUCUUGUAAACGCGUCUUUGUGUUAGAUUCUUUAAAAUGCACUUAAUAGUUCUGAAUUGUUUGUAAUAAUUUGAAUUAUUAUUAUUAUUGCUACUACAUUAAUAAUAAAGGAUAAUAGUAAUAAGUCUGAUGAUUGCACAACACUUACUAAACAAUGCUGUAAUUAUUAAUCUUUAAUCAAGUCUAAUUACAAAUAAAAUCUGGUGAAAUCACGUA